UUGCUUUACUUCUUUCAGUACUAUUGUUUUUACCACGGCACAUGCAAUGUAUCGCAUGCUUUCGAUUCAUUUUCAUGCACGUAUCUUCGCAACUUUCCAUUGUUUCAGUUACACCGAGAAGUUUGCCGAUAUGUGGGCGACUCGUAUUUGGCCGACUUCGGUAUGCAGUUGGUAUCGCGGGGUCUUGAUGUUAUACACCAGUGGAAGGAACUGGUAGUAGUCAUGAAACCACAGCCGUCUCCUCAUAUACCGCUGUGGGCUAGUCACGCCUUCAAUUUUAUUCAUUUUCUCACCGACCCUAAAUAUACUGAAUAUCUUCUGGAUUACCAGUUUCAAGUAUUGAAAGCUGACGUUGAAGAGUGCAAACACCUGGUACUCGGCGACAAAGACGCUAUAACGGUGGCACCCAGGAGUCGGAGUUCUACAAUGAGUUCACGGAAGACUUCAGAUGAGAUCUCGACAAAGAUGAAAAAAGUAUCGCUGGAGUCUCGUCGAGCGAGGCUCGAAGCUGCCGCACUGGCAACAGACGAGAAAGUUGCAAAAAGGUCUGUCUAUCCUAUGGGGCGCGUGGUGACAAGAAAACGUGGUGAAUUUAACAUGGAUAUGUACACGGAUCCGUCGAAAACCGCUCCGUUCAAGUAUCAGAUUCUGGAGAAAUUAGCCGGUGGAACGUUUGGAACCGUCUACAAGGCUCUCAAGGAUGGACAGUGUGUGAUAGCAGUGAAGCAAAUACGAGUAAGAAGAGAUGUUGUAAAGAUCCUUAAAGGAGAAGUGGAUAUUUUUUCUAAUCUCAAUCACAAAAAUCUCGUCAAAUACUACGGGUGUGAAGUACGGCAGGAUGAAGUUUUAAUUAUGAUGGAGUACUGCUCAGAGGGUACGUUAGAAAGAAUUUGUCGCGAAGGUCUAGAUGAAGAGUUGGUGAGGCGCUACACUAACAGUCUGCUUCGAGCAGUUGCUUAUAUGCAUAGCCAAAAGGCAGGCGUUGAUUACCACGACGAUUCAGGAACUCCAGUAGUCCAUCGUGACAUAAAACCAGCUAACAUUUUCUUGGAUCUGCACUGCGUGUUGAAACUGGGUGAUUUUGGAUGCUCAGUACGUCUACGAGAUCAAGCGACAGUCUAUGGAGAGAUCGCUGAGUACGCGGGGACUGUACAGUACAUGGCGCCAGAGGUUCUAACCUAUGGUGGCAUGUCGGAAGACGGAAAGUAUCGAGGAUAUGGCAGAGCCGUUGAUAUUUGGAGCAUUGGUUGCGUUGUAUUGGAGAUGAGCACUGGUCGACAACCAUGGCCAGAUAUGCAUCCGUUCCAGAUCACUAUGAAAGUCUGUCAGGGAGGUCUGCCAGCGUACCCGAAUCCAAUACGAAGGAUACUGAAACAUUUCUUGGAUUCAUGCUUUGUCUUCAGUCCUGAUGACAGGAAAUCCGCUGAUCAGUUGCUUCAGGAUCCAUUUGCAAAUGUCCACGUGGAUGCUGAUUCCGUCCUCCAAUCGGUCGUUGCCCGAAACGUUCCCGAGAUUAUAACAGAGAACAGACACUCCCAUUGGCAAAAUAGU